AACCCCUUCACUAGGGAAGAGCAACUUUCACACAAUGACUCUGGCGUUACUAGUUGUCCUUGGGGUAUUGAAAUAUUCCAUGGGGGCCGCUCAAAUAGAAUCCUUCCGCUACUUUACCAAAAGGGGAUCAUUUACCCAAUAUCCGGAUCCUUUUGUCAUCACGAAUCAAGUCAAUACUUCCGGAUCUCACAUAGAGUGUAGUGGCCUCGCUCAACUGUCUGGCUGUGAUGCCUUCAUAUUUGAUGAACAGGAGAAGAGCUGCGCAAUAACUAAUCAAUCCCUUUACACCAUCGACUUCGAAAAUCAAGGACCUAGCACCAAAACCGUUGGAUCAAAGUACAGAGAACUCAAUGCCAUUAGUUCCUCUCUUGUAUAUGUUUAUGUGGACAAAUAUUACAACAAAGAUCAUCGAUUGGUGUUCUUUAACAUGAAUUCAGGUACUCCAUACGAGGCAUGUACAUAUGAAAUGGACAACAGCCUGGUCCAGGACUUUGAUGACCGCUUUCAUGGUGGAAGCUUGUUACUGCUUGGGAACGCCCUUCAUUUCUGCUUUCCAUGGAGACAAGUUAAGUCACAAAACAAUACUAUGGGAAGUGACCUAUCAAUUGGUGCUUGUUAUAUUGUAAAACCUGGCCAGCAUUCUUGGACCAAGGUUGUCUUAUUUCCCGAUAACACCCGCCAAGGAGCAUUCACUUUCAAACUGAAUGAUACCACGAUGUGGAUAUUGGGCGGUGCAUCUGACUCGGAAUACUAUCUUAAGAACAACAACAUCCGUCAUGGCACUACAACCCGAACCACCAAGUUUUACCAUUACGAUGGAAGUUCUAGUCAAACCGUCGAUGGUCCUGAUCUUCCAACCAAGUUUAAUCUCCCCGAGCUAUCAUGGCUGAAUGAAACACAUGUCAUAUUAUUUGGAUACGCGGAAGACGCAGCGGACGGCCAAAAGUAUUUCAUUAGCAGGUGGCCACCGACCGAAUUUUCGUGGUCAACUCAUUUAAGACCCAAUGGAGUCAAUAUGCCGUCUGACCGGCGACCUUCCGCAAAAUUGUACCCACUCAAUGGCAAGCCACAGCUCUUGCUUAUGUCAGCUACAAGAGACCCUUGGAUCAUUGACCCAGAUACACUUGAGUGGACGGAAGCACCUCUAUAUCUUCAUCAAAAUGAUUGUCCUUGGCCGUAUAUCCACUACAGUAAGGGUGACGUCUUGCUGGUUAAACAUGAAACUUGGGGACAUUUGUGUCUGUUUGAUGGGGAAAAUGGCACUCAUCGAAAUCCGGACAAAGAUUUCCCGAACAACUUCUUUAUGCCAGUACUAUCAUACCUCGUAAUCUAUUUUGUUCGUGAUAAAAAUUGUAGACAGGGAUAUUUGCACUUGAUAUUUAAUAUAUAUAUAUUUGAUUGAGAUAAUUGCUUGAUUUAGUUGGACUUUCCGUCGAUCUCUAAAUAUACUUCUUGAAUUGCUCCAAAUUUAAACGAAAAAGUAAGAAACAAACCAAAUAAAGGCCA